GCUCUGAAGUAUUUGGUGGAAUCAACACAGCUCAAGUGCAAGACUGCCAUUGACAUCUACCAGGACCGGAGUGCAACAGACAAAGACGGCAUGCGUACAGAUGACAUCAAUGCUCUGGCGGGACAACGAGCCGACAAGAAAGGAGGUGAUGUUUGGACUAGCUUUUACGACAAGGUGAAGGAAGUGAAGGACUACCACCGGCGCUUUAGCGUGAACCAGGGCCUUCCAGAGCUACAGAACUCAGAAUGGUUCUACCAAAGGGCCUUGGAGAACGACAAGACCGAGAGCCUCUUCUCAGGUGAGGAAGACUACGGCAAGCGUGUGGAUAUGCACGAGCUCUUUGUCACAUACCUCAACCUAAAGAAGAUCUCGACCUUAAGGAAAAGCAACUUCAGACAAGCCACCUUUGUGCGGCUUAAGAAAAAGACGGUGGAUCUGGAGCCUGAUGAUCCAGAAGUCGACAAGGUGGUUGAGAAAGAAUUCCAUGAGCUGGACUACAUCGAAUGGCUCAAGACCUUCGAUCAGUUUCAUGAAAUCAGCAGGUAUUGCAAGUACCGUCACUGGACUCAGUUUAAGAAAAAGGACUUGAUGUUUAUCCAACUAUGCUGA